CCAGCAAGGAUGAGAAAGAAAUGCCUGCCCUCACCCCUCUGAUACAAAUAAGGGAUGGGAAAUCAAGCGAGUUCUCCAAGGCUGAGCAGUUGGCGUCCCCUGCCAUCUGAAGAUCCUGGUCGCCGAGCGUGAAAGGCACACCUAGUUGUGUAAUCCUCAGCUAAAGCCCACUGAGUCCAUUCUGCGAAGUCACACACCUGAACCUUCUUGACUUGUCAGGAUGAACAGUCAGAAAAAAAGAAAAGAUAUGGAACCUGCUUGUACCUGGAGUUUAUUGUCUGAAGAAAAAGCUACUUCAAGUUCUCUGGCUUCAUUUUCUUGGAGGGAGCUUACAGAUUACCGAGAAGUAUUCAGAAAAUAUUUGAAAGAAAAAUACCUAAAAAUAGGAGUUGAUAAAUGUUAUCACCAUGGCAAGCAUAUAGAGUCACGACUGCUUAUUGUAAAAGAACAUGGUAUAUCAGAAAAGACACCGUGUGGAAUUCCUCAGCAAGAUCAUUUUAUUGAGAUGGAACAUGUAUUUGAUCCUGAUGAAGAGGGCUCUAGCUCAUCCCAAACCGUGGUGCUUCAGGGAUGUGCUGGAAUUGGGAAAACAGCUGUGGUGCACAAGUUCAUGUUUGACUGGGCAGCAGGAAGGGUUACUCCAGGCAGAUUUGACUAUCUCAUCUACAUCAACUGCAGAGAAAUAAGUCAUGUGGCUCUCCUUAGUGCUGCUGACCUGAUCACUAACACUUUUCAAGAUAUAAAUGGACCAAUCCUGGAUAUUAUUCUUGUAUACCCAGAGAAGCUUCUGUUCAUUCUUGAUGGAUUUCCUGAGCUUCAGUACCCUGUGGGUGAUCAAGAAGAGGAUCUUAUUGCUAACCCUCAGGAAAGGAAGCCAGUAGAGACCCUCUUGUGCAGUUUUGUGAGGAAAAAACUGUUCCCUGAAUCCUCCCUGCUGAUAACUGCCCGGCCUACAGCCAUGAAGAAGCUCCACUCUCUGUUAAAACAACCUAUCAAGGCAGAGAUCUUAUGGUUUACAGAUGCUGAAAAGAGAGCCUAUUUCUUGAGUCAGUUUUCAGCUGCCAAUGCAGCAAUGAAACUCUUUUAUGGCCUGCGAGAAAAUGAAGGCCUUGACAUUAUGUCUUCUCUUCCCAUCAUCUCCUGGAUGAUAUGCAGUGUCCAGCAGUCACAGGGAGAUUGUGACAAGACUCUUUUGAGGUCACUUCAGACCAUGACUGAUGUGUAUCUGUUUUACUUCUCCAAGUGCCUCAAAACCCUUACAGGUAUCUCAGUGUGGAAGGGACAGAGUUGUCUGUGGGGCCUUUGCUCUUUGGCUGCAGAGGGACUUCAGAACCAUCAAGUUCUUUUUGCAGUCAGUGACCUCAGGAGACAUGGGAUAGGAGUGUAUGAUACCAACUGCACUUUCCUCAAUCACUUUUUGAAAAAAGCUGAAGGAGGUGUCAACGUCUACACUUUCCUUCACUACAGUUUCCAGGAGUUCUUGACAGCUGUGUUCUAUGCCCUGAAGAAUGACAACAGCUGGAUGUUUUUUGAUCAUUUGGGGAAAACAUGGCAAGAAAUAUUCCAACAGUAUGGAAAAGGUUUUUCCUCACUAAUGAUACAAUUCUUAUUUGGCCUCUUACAUAAAGGAAAAGGGAAGACUGUGGAAACAACUUUUGGAAGAAAAGUCUCUCCAGGACUUCGAGAGGAGUUACUGAAAUGGACUGAGAAAGAGAUAAAAGAUAAGUCUUCGAGGUUACAGAUUGAGCCAGUGGACUUGUUUCACUGUUUGUAUGAGAUUCAGGAAGAAGAAUAUGCAAAAAGGAUAAUUGAUGAUUUACAGUCGAUUAUAUUGCUUCAACCUACCUAUACAAAAAUGGACAUUCUAGCCAUGUCAUUCUGUGUUAAAAGCAGUCACAAUCACCUGUCAGUAUCUCUGAAGUGUCAGCACCUACUUGGAUUUGAGGAGGAACAGCGAGCCUCAGCAUUCAUGCCACCAGCCUUGAUGCUUAAUCAGUCCUUCCAGCUGCGCAAUUUACCAAUGUCACGGCUGCACUUCCUCUGCCAAGCACUGCGUAAUCCAUACUGUAAAAUCAAGGACCUGAAACUGAUUUUCUGUCACCUCACAGCUUCUUGUGGUAGAGACCUCUCCUUGGUAUUUGAAACCAACCAAUAUCUUACAGAUUUGGAAUUCGUAAAAAAUACCCUGGAAGAUUCAGGAAUGAAGCUUCUGUGUGAAGGAUUAAAACAGCCAAACUGUAUAUUACAGGCAUUAAGGUUGUACAGGUGCCUUAUCUCUCCUGCUUCUUGUGGGGCACUAGCAGCUGUUCUUAGCACCAAUCAGUGGCUUACUGAGCUGGAAUUUAGUGAAACAAAACUGGAAGCUUCAGCUUUGAAAUUGCUCUGUGAAGGCUUAAAAGAUCCAAAUUGCAAAUUACAGAAGCUCAAGUUGUGUGCUAGCCUUCUCCCAGAAAACUCAGAGGCUGUUUGCAAGUAUCUUGCCUCUGUUCUAAUUUGCAACCCACACCUCACUGAACUAGACCUGAGUGAAAAUCCCCUGGGAGACAUAGGGGUGAAGUAUCUUUGUGAAGGUCUCAGACAUUCCAACUGUAAACUGGAGAAGCUAGACUUAAGCACAUGUUACCUCACACAAGCUAGCUGUGUGGAGCUCUCUUCUUUCUUGCAAGUGAGUCAGACUUUAAAAGAGCUGUUUGUGUUUGCGAAUGCCCUGGGGGACACAGGAGUACAGCAUCUCUGUGAAGGUCUGCAGCAUGCGAAGGGUAUAAUUGAGAAUCUUGUGCUUUCUGAAUGUUCCCUCUCUGCAGCUUGUUGUGAGCCCCUUGCCCAAGUGCUGAGCUCCACCCAGAGCCUGACAAGGCUGCUUCUAAUUAAUAACAAAAUUGGAGAUCUGGGGCUGAAAUUGCUAUGUGAAGGAUUAAAACAGCCUGACUGUCAGUUAAAGGAUUUGGCAUUGUGGACUUGUCACUUGACUGGGGCAUGCUGUCAGGAUCUGUGCAAUGCACUCUACACCAAUGAACACCUGAGAGACCUUGACCUCAGUGACAAUGCCUUAGGGGACAAAGGCAUGCAGGUGCUGUGCGAAGGGCUAAAACAUCCCUGCUGCAAACUACAGACCUUGUGGUUAGCAGAAUGUCAUCUCACAGAUGCAUGCUGUGGAGCCCUCGCCUCUGUCCUCAACAGGAAUGACAACCUAACAUUACUAGACUUAAGUGGAAAUGACCUCAAGGAUUUUGGAGUGCAAAUGCUGUGUGAUGCGCUGAUUCAUCCAAUAUGUAAACUUCAGACAUUCUACAUUGACACAGAUCACUUACAUGAAGAUACAUUUAGAAAGAUGGAAGCUUUAAAAAUAAGCAAGCCUGGAAUCACCUGGUAGGUCCCAAGGAGAACCCUUGAAUUGACUGCAUACACACCCCUUCCAUCUGGCAACAUCUUUAACAGUUGUACAGUAUUAUUUUUCAAACCCGUUAACCUUUGCUGAGGACACUAGUGUGAAACAAGCAGCAGUGAUUACUAUAUCUUACAUAGAACCAUCCACUAAGUAGGAUGUAAAAAGCAGAAGCACCUUAGUUCAAAUGUCUUCAGCAAUAAUACCAUACAUUCAUAUCUUGGAUUACAAUGUUCACUGUGCUUUCAGAAGAACCCUCAAAGGUGGGAAGAUCAGGCUCAUAGGGGUUGUGACAAGCUGUAGGUCACACAGCUCAUUAGUGGGAGAGUUAAGACUGAAAUCCAGCCAGAUCCCCCAAUACCCAGACCAUGCAGGGAAACAAUUGAAAAUAAACACCAAUAAAACAACACACAUGAAUAAGUCCACUUAAAGAAACAAGGUACUUGAAAUGAUUGCAAGAGAAAAGAGUCUAUAAAUACAUGUUAAAUCGUAUGGUGCUGAUUUGAAGCAAACUUGUGAUUCACAAGAGAGGAAUGAACUGGAUUAGUUAGGGAAAGGCUUCAUGGAACAGGUGAGAUUUGAUGUGGUUCUUCAGGAAUGAGUAGGAUUGAGAUAAGUAAAAAUAUACUGGCCAGUGUUAAAGAGUACAGGGCAACAAGGCUCUAUUUGUGAGCAGCUAAUCAAAAAAACUUAGAGAAAGAGAAAUGUUUGUGUUAGAAUUUCUUAAAAUUCCACAGUAUCCAUAAUCCUAGGCUUCUGAGGGUGCUCUCCACUUCCCAGUCUCGAUUCCCUUUCUGAACUUUUAGUAAGUCCCAUACCCCUCAGAAUGUUUGUAUUUGUUCAUAGGCUCCUAAGACUGACUCACUCCUCAUCCUUGACAGUAUCUUGCAUAGCUGACAUGGAUCCUACACCACACCCUGUUUCUAUAACUGCCUAGAUUCCAUAAAACAGAUGGUGUAGAAAGGGCACGCCAGUCAAGGAAAAUAGCACAAGCAAAGUCACUGAAAUAGAGCAAAUAAUUAUAAAUAUAGUGUGGGAUCACCACAAAGUAGACUGACCUUGCUGAAGUAUACAGUUGUCUCUGGAAGUUACUUCACUAGCUAUGUGACCCUGAACAAGUUAUGUGGAUUCCUAGAACCUCAGUUUUCUCAUCCUUAAAAUUGGAAUAAAUCGACAUCAACCUUACAGGGCUGUUUCCCAACAUGUUGCCUACCCCUCAGUAGGUACCAAUAAAUUGUAGCUAUUUGUAUGAGCGUAAACCUGUACUAUAACUCAGCUGUGUAGUCUUUGAACUCCUAGAUUUUCUUGCUGUGUAGUGUGAACUGUGCAUUUAAACUAAAUAUGUUUGGUGAAGGCAUUGAAUCUAGUGGGGGAAGAGACACACAGUAGGAAGUUAUUCCAGGUGAAAGGUUGUAGAGGGGUCCAGCUGCUAUCCAUUGUUGUGAAUUGUUUUCCACUAUUCUGGAAGAUGGUAACUCUCAUUGAGGAGACUAGGUUUAUCCUAAGAAGAAUGGUCAAGAUAGCAGUUUGUCUCCAGUUUUAUUAAGUUCUUUUUUUCCCUUUAGUUAUUUAACACAUAUUUAUUUAGCAUUUAUUAUGUGCCAGGUUUGGGGCUAAGCUUUGGCUUUACAGAGAUAAAUAUGUCUUUUCCUGUGUAUUUCCCCUAUCAUGUUCUCUGAUUGCCCUAGACACUUUGUCUGGUAAACAUCUGAUAAAACUUGGUCACAUUAAGAACUCAAAGAUACCAAGUUAAAUGAAAAUUUGCAGAAUUCUGUGUGUAAGUGUGUAUUCAGUUUGUGUGUAAGAGCAUAUACAUGCAUGCAUGUGUAUGUAUCUGUCCUGAAAAUGUACAGAAGGAUAUAUAUAAGAAACUGCUAAUAGUGAUUACCUCUGGAAAGAGAAAUUGGGCAAGCAGGAGUGGUGGGAAAAAGAGGGAAGGAAUUUUUCAUUACUAGCCUUCUGUUCUAUUUGAUGUUUUUACCAUGUGCAUGUUACUUUUAUAAUUAA